CCCCAAGCCUAACCUGUUCAGGUGACACUUCAAAUUCACUCCUAAGUUUGUCAUCUCUUCUGGUACCAACAGCGAGUCUGGUUGUCUAUCUGCUUCAAGGACUGUCCAGCAGGAACCCCCCAGCUUCUUCUACCCCAGCACCAUGGCCUCUGCCUGGCCCGAGGAGAUGUUUGUUUGUUCAGUCUGCCUGGAGACCCUCAAGGACCCAGCUACUCUGACCUGUGGACACUCAUACUGCCUGGCCUGCAUCCACAGGCACUGGGACCGGGGAAGCACGCGAGGCCAGUACAGCUGCCCCCAGUGCAGGCAGACCUUCAGCCCUCGGCCCUCCCUGGCCAGGAGCACCAUGCUGAUGGAGGCCAUUGAGAAGCUCUCAACCCAGAAAGAGAACCAGGAGAGCCCCUACCUGACCCUCUCCUCCGCCCCACCAUCCAUGCCCAUCUAUCUGGAGGUGCUCCCAAACACGGGCCCAGGCUCAGGCCCUCGACCUGCCCGCCACGGGAGCGUGUACCCCCAACUGCCCACCGUCGCCCCCAGGCCCUGCCCGCAGCACCAGAGGCCCAUGGAAUUGUACUGCCAUGACGACAAGGAGUGUGUGUGCGACGAGUGUUGUCACCGUGGACACCAGGGACACUGGGUGGUCCGGCCGGAGGAAGCAAGGCAGGAGAGACAGCAAGAGCUGGCCCAGAUGCAGGCAGAAACCCAGAGGAGGAUGCAGGAGACAGAAAUGGAGCUGAAGGAACUCCCACAGAGAGCUCGUCUCCACAAAACCUCAUUCCAGGCCCUCCAGAAGGAGGGGGUGGAUGUCUUUGCAGAGCUGCAGCAGAGUGUGGGGCAGGUGGGCACCCAGGUGUGUGAUCUCCUGAGUGCCCAUGAGUCGACCCUGGGCAGCCGGGCGGAGGGCCAGAUCCACAGCCUGGAGCAGGAGGUAGCCCAGCUCCGCUGGAAGGAGCAGGAGCUGGCCAGACUGGCAGGCAUGGAGGAUCACAUCUGCUUCCUCAAGAACUUCCUGACCCUGGAGCCAUUGGGCCCUGAGGGCCCCAGAGCAGGGUCUGUCCUGGGGGGCGAGGCAGUGGUGGAGGGGGUGCGCUCCGCCCUGACAGAACUGAGAGAAGCGCUGCAGGACCUCUGUAAAAAAAGCCUGGCCAAGAUCUUCAGAGCAGUGAAUGAUGUGUCAGUGGGUGUGUUGGCCAAUGGGGAGGCUGCAGCCACCGGGAACGGGUCCUAUGUUGACAACACUGUCACAGCUUCCCCAAACACAGGGACUUCCACAGAGCCUGCUUCUAAAAUCAACACAGUCUAUGAAAUGACAACCGACCCCCCACCUCUCCCUCCCCCUCGACCUCAAAGCACUUCAGUAGCAAGGGCAGCACCCUCCUUCUCUACCUCUCCUGACCCUCUGCAACCUCAGGCCCCUUCUGUCUCCACUGUAGGACUGGUGAACCUGGAACCCAAGACCAGGGAAGACAUGCUCAAAUUUCGUUUUGAUCCGACCUUUGACCCUAACACUGCGAAUCGCCACCUGCGCCUGUCGGACAGUGAUCGCAAGGUCACACUGCGGGGGGAGAGGCAGAACCAUGCAGACCAUCCUGACCGUUUCCUGUUCUGGAGGCAGAUCCUGGGCAGAGAGGCGCUGGCAGGAAGUCCAUACUACUGGGAGGUUGAGUGGACCGGUCAAAAGGUAACCGUGGGUGUGACCUACAGGGAGAUAGACAGGAAGAACUCUGACGACAGCAGCCGGCUUGGCCACAACCUCCAGUCCUGGGCUUUGUACUGGUCGGGCUCUGGCUUUGCUCUGUGGCACGCUGGCACAGAGACCAUGCUGGGUACGCCCAGGGCCCGGCGGGUGGGUGUGUAUCUGGACCAGCAAGAGGGCCUCCUGGCCUUCUACCGGGUCAACAACAAUCAGGCCCAUCUUAUCCACGCCCUGCAGACCCAGUUUACUGGAGCCCUCUACCCUGGCUUCAGGUUCUGGUCUGGGGUCGGUUCUACCAUCACCCUCUGCCAACUGGAGUGAUGGCCGAGGGAGGUGUUCUGGUUUUGUUCUAGAAGCGAGAGGACAAUACGCUCAUCUAGGUCUUCCUGUUGGUUUCCAGCUCUCUUUUGUGGUUAACUUUGUGGUUAGCGUCUCUCUCAUGAAGCCAAUCUGAACUUGUUUAAGUUUAUAGGUGUCCUGAAUAGCGAACAAGCAGAAGGUAAAGUUGUUUGAAAUUCACACUAUUGUUGAUGAUUGCAGAAAUAGUGACUGUAAUGGAUGACAUAAAUAAGAUGUCAUGAUGUUUCUUGUCAUCCCCAUAAUGCUUUUGUUACAGAAUAUCCUUAAAACAUAACUUAAUAAAUAACCUGUUUACUGUA